AUGUGGGCAUCAGGAAUAAGUCAACCUAGUGUCUAUCAUGCCUUGGUCAUUAUAUUUCUGGAAUUCUUUGCUUGGGGCCUAGUUACCAGUCCCAUUAUAGACGUUCUAAAUGAAACGUUUCCACAACAUACAUUUUUGAUGAAUGGCUUGAUACAAGGUGUAAAGGGAAUGUUAUCAUUUUUAAGUGCACCAUUAAUAGGAGCUUUAUCUGAUGUAUGGGGUCGCAAACCAUUUUUAUUAUUAACUGUUACAUUUACUUGUGCUCCUAUACCACUGAUGCGAAUUAGUCCAUGGUGGUAUUUUGCCAUGAUAUCCAUAUCUGGUAUAUUUUCUGUGACGUUUAGUGUUGUGUUUGCUUAUGUUGCUGAUGUUACAACUGAAGACGAACGUAGUUCUGCCUAUGGUUUGGUGUCUGCUACAUUUGCUGCUAGCUUAGUAACAAGUCCAGCUAUUGGGGCUUAUUUACAGAAAGUAUAUAGUGAAAAUAUAGUCAUAUGGUUAGCCACUGCAGUAGCUAUUUUAGAUAUUAUAUUUGUAAUGGUUGCUUGUCCUGAAUCACUUCCAGAAAAACUACGCCCUGCCAGUUGGGGAUCCCAAAUUUCAUGGGACAAAGCAGAUCCUUUUGGAUCUUUAAAGAAGAUAGGUCAAGAUAAUUUAAUAUUAUUGUUAUGUAUCACUGUUUUCCUUUCCUAUUUACCAGAAGCUGGAGAAUAUUCUUGUUUCUUUGUAUAUCUUAGAUUAGUAAUGGGUUUUUCUGAUGAAGAAAUAGCAUCAUUUAUAGCUGUAGUAGGAGUGUUAUCUGUCAUAGCCCAGACGGUAAUUCUAGCAUUAUUAAUGAAAUAUUUAGGCCAUAAACAUGCCAUAUUAUUUGGAUUAGUGUUUGAAAUGAUUCAAUUAACAUGUUAUGGAUUUGGUUCUGAACCAUGGAUUGUAUGGACUGCUGGUACAUUAGCUGCUAUGUCGAGUUUAACAUAUCCCGCAAUUAGUGCUUUUGUCUCUGCCCAUGCGAGUGCUGAUAAACAAGGUGUAGCUCAAGGAGUUGUCACUGGCAUAAGAGGAUUGUGUAACGGUUUAGGACCUGCUUUCUUUGGUUUUAUUUUCUACCUCUUUCAUGUUAAUCUUAGUGAGUCUAAUCAAGCUAAACAUCCGCAUCAAUCUAAUACAUCCCAUAUAGACAUGAAUAACACCAUUCGUAAAUUAGUACCAGGACCACCAUUUGCAUUUGGAGCUGUUUUAGUGAUACUAGCUUUAUUAGUUGCUAUAUUUAUACCGGAAAAUCCUCAUAGUAAUAUACAUGUAGGAGUUAAACCAUGUAAUAAAAAAGUUUUAUCUAUGGCUUUACAGAAAGACACAGUAGUUAGUAAAAGACAUGAAGAAGAACCAUUGAUGAUAGAAGAUGAGUCUCCAGAAUUAUAGCACUUGAAGCCUGAAAUCUCUGAUGUCAAAAUUAGAAUCUAGACAAAAGUGUUGACUGUUGUGUGGUCAAAGUUUUUUAGUAACCAAAUGAUAGGAAAGUGUCUUAAAAGAAUGUCAGACACAGAUGGAUAAGACUUUGAAAUACAUCCAAUCAAAAUCACAGAAACCGUAACUGGUUAGAUUUCCUGAUGUGUCUGCUCCUUAUUGAUUUGGUGAAUGGACAAUUAGAUGAAUUAUUAAUUGUUAACUUAUGAUGUUAUUUAUUAUGUUAUAUGUGGUGUUUAGCACUCUACUUUGCUUCCUGUCUGAGGUCAAUUUACGCUUUUGUGCAAGGAAAAUUCAAAUUUUUUUUCUUAUGUUGUCCAGGUUUGAGUCAGUUAUACUAUGUUCUGAUAAUACAGAUCAACAACUUGGACACAAAAAAAAAAAAAACAUAAGAAAUUUAGUAUUAAAAAUUUUACUUUCAAUUUCAAAAGCUUCAGUCACUCAUACCCCAUCAAUGGCAUGCAUAUCGACACCUAAAUUGGCUUCAGACUACCUUAGAGAAUAAUGCUCAAAUUGGUGAUUUGUAAUCAAUAAACAUCCCAAUCAAAAACAUUUUCUUUAUUGUAUGAAUUUUAUUCAAUAGGUCAAUGGUUAAAGUGUAAAAUGCUUGAAAAGUUUCAAGUUUGAGAUGUAAGUGUAUUUAAAGGGACAUUCUACUUUUUUAGUAGGUCAAGAAUAUUUUUUUUGCUCAAUUUUUUACUAACAAAAUUUAGCUGUUAAAGAGUAAAAUUUUAAAAUUUGUUAUGCUUAUUGACAGUUGUUAAAAACUACCAUACAGAUUUAAAGAUGGGUUUCCUUAUUUUCAUUUAUGAAAAUGG